GCGUGGCGGAAGUGAACUCCUGGCGGGUGAGCAUAAAUAGCGGUGAGCGUCGGGAGAGCUCUUGCAGUCUCUCCACCAGACAGACCCGGUGCAGGUGGUCUCCUCCACUCAACUCAGCUUUAGUCAACUCUACUCCACCCAGCUCUACUCAACUCUACUCCACUCAGCUCUAUACUCUACUCUCCUCAGCUCUACUCUACUCUCCACCACAGCACAGCACAGCACAGCACAGCACAGCAGAGCAGAGCACCACUCUUCACCAUCUGCAACUUAUCCAACCACAGAGCUGAACUCUGAACUAUACUUCAGCACUAGAUCAUAACGUAAGCUAUGGAGUCUGUAAGCCUGGUGUCCGCCUGGUUGAGCUGCCUUCUGGCUGGCUGCCUACUGCCCCCCUCCCUCCUCCUCAACCUGCUGAUGAGUGGUGUGAGCUCCUUGCCCGUGAAGAGUGUGGAUUCCGUUUGCACUGCGACCUCCAACGCCAAGUACAGCCUGACGUUUACGGGGAAGUGGAGCCAGAACUCCUUUCCAAAGCACUACCCCCUUUACAGGCCCCCGGCUCAAUGGUCCCCUGUCUUUGGUGUAACCCACAGCUCCGACUAUCACAUCUGGCAGAGCGAGGAGUACGCCAGCAACGGGGUGAGGGAGUUUACAGAGAAAGGAGAGGCCUGGACACUCAUCAACGAGGUUGAGGCGGCGGGCCAGAAGAUACAGAGCGUCUACGGCCUCUUCUCCGCCCCCGCCACGCUGGCCGGCACCAGUCAGACCGUCACCGAGUUCGAGGUCUUCGCAAGGCACUCUUUUCUAUCCUUCAUCGUUCGGAUUGUGCCAAGUCCAGACUGGUUUGUAGGGGUGGACAGCCUGAACUUGUGUGACGGCGACAAGUGGAGGGAAACCAUCCAUCUGGAACUGUACCCUUACGACGCCGGCACCGACAGCGGUUUCACCUUUUCCUCUCCGAAGUUCGAAACCAUUCCCCAGGAUAAAGUCACACAGAUCACCUCAUCGUCUCCUAGUCACCCAGCCAACUCCUUGUACUACCCUCGACUAAAGCACCUACCACCUAUGGCCAAGGUUACACUUAAGAAGAUGAAGACUAAUAUGGUCUUCAGUUUGCCAAUCGAGCCAACCCAAUCCAACCAAAUCCCCACCGGCAACGAGAUAGAGAACACCGCCACACACACGCCACUGGACUGCGAGGUUUCCGCCUGGUCCCCGUGGGGCCUGUGCAAGGGCAAGUACUGUGAAUCGGGAGUGAGACAUCGGACUCGCUACAUCCAUCUGCAUCCGGCCAACAACGGAGCAGUCUGCCCCCCGCUGGAGGAAGGGAGGAAGUGCACCCCAGACAACUGUGUACCAAUGCCCACGACGCAAGUCCCCACCACAGCACCCAAGAACAACUAGCCUGCUGCAACAGUUGUAUGAAGUAGACGUAGAAGUACUCUCACAGAUGUAAUUACAACACCAGUAUGAUUUCACACUUUGAAGUUCACAAAGAAACUAGUGGCACUUACCACUGGUGUUGUAAUUACAUUUGUAAGAGUACUUCUACCUCUACUUUAUACACCUUUGGCAAGGCUGCACUGGAGACUUUCUGUUUGUUUGUUUAUUUGUUUGUUUGUUUGUUUAUUUCUCUUUGUUUUCAUACAAAGAAACAGAGAGAAGGCACGCACCUCACACAAGUGCAAAUGCUGGACCGAAAAAAAAGAUGAAAGUUGAAAAGAAAUAAGAAAAGUUUGCACACUGAUAAACGCUCCCAAUGCGAGUUUGUAAGUAUGAUGGUUUGGACAUAUUGUCUUUCAAAGGUGUCACUUUGAUGUAGGACAAUAUGUCCGAAUCGUCGCACUAAUGACCUCAAGUUGGGAGCGUCUACCA